CCCGUGUCUAACAAUAAAAUAAUUCCCACAACUACAACUGGCCUUUCCCUUCCCCUGUUGUACUCUGAGGUACCCAGUACUUUAGUUGCUGGUGGAGAUGGCCGUUCUUGCAUGUGGAUGUGGUAGUAAAUGAGGGAUAGUGCAAAGUCCCCUCUACCACCACACUACUUCCACAUCCCGUUGGCUGGGAACCCGAUACUCCCUCUGUCCUUGGAAUCCACCAGACAAAUCCACAAACCUUCAAUUCUUCUCCUCUCCACUCAUACUCUGCUCUCCCUCCUAACCCUCUCCAACGACCCUCCUUGAGCUCAAUCACCGAGCUACGAGCUAUCACCGAGCUGCUGUCUCCGAAACAGCUGCCUCCCCCGGUCGACAAAAGACACACAACACCACACAAAGGAACGGCUCCGCGCCAUCUUACUCUCUUUGAGCGUACAUGCGCCCAUCCUCCAUCACGCACCUCCUCCUCCCCGUGUCCGCCCAAGCAUCGAUGCGCCCAUAACCGCGUCGCUUCCCCCCAAUCCCAACAGGUGUCGAGACAAACACAGUAGUGACAGAGAGAGAGCGAGAGAGAGAGACAGAGACGACACAGUCCGGAUGGUUGCCCCGAGGACGCAGUCCGCCAUGUCGGCGGCGACGGUAGCGUUGGCGUGUCUGGCACCGCUAGGCGUGUUGAUAACGACACAGGUUCGGCCGGUGCAGGCGCUGACUAUAGCCUAUUGUGCGGGGAUUAAUACGGCGUCGAGGGCGGGAAACUACAGCAUCUACCAGUCCAAUGGCCUCUGCCAGACCUUCUGCCAGCAAUCGUUCGCCUUCGCCAUCGUCCAGGAUAAUCUCUGCUGGUGCUCCAACUACGCCCCGGGCGCCUCCACGGCCUCGAUAAGCAAGUGCAGCAAUGAGUGUCCCGGCUACCCCGCCGAUUUGUGCGGCGGUGCGGACUUAUACGGCUACAUCAAGCUUGACAAGAAUGUCGUAGGGACAAAGACAACUGAUGGGACAGGAGUUACGGCAAAGCCUGACAAGGUCUCGGCGACGACUUCUAGCUCAUCUACUCACACGAACCCAACAACCACCUCUCCACCAGAAAACGCCAAAGACGACUCCACCUCCUGGACACCCACCCCGAUCACCAGCGUCGAGACCGUCACCGGCCAAGUCCGCGUCGUAACCAUCACCCCCACCGCCCCCCCGGGCUAUGACUCCCCCUCCUCCGGCGACAACAAGAAAUCCCUCACCGCCGGCGGCGCCGCCGGCCUCGGCAUCGGCAUCGCCGCCUUCCUCGCCCUCAUCGGCGCACUAAUCUUGUUCUUCAUCCGUCGACGCAAGCGUCUCGCCGCUGAGUCUGACGUCGGCCCGGCCCCUCCCACUCCGAAUACGGGAUACACCCCUCAACGCACUAUGAGUGAGAACUCGCGGUACGUGCUCGGUACCGACGGGCGGCGGGUGGUGGAGGGCUGGGAGGGGCGCGGGGCGGGGGAUGUGGCGGAUACGCCUGUUAGUGCUGGGUCGAGGAGGAGCAGGUUGAUGCCUGUUGAUCCGAGGUUGGAUCCAUUUGCGCCGGUGUAUCAGCAGGGAGGGCUGAGUGGGAGUCGGGAAAGCGUGGGGAGUAUACAGGAUAAUUUUGAUUAUUCGCGCAGGGUGGUGAGGACGGGGCCGCCGAUUUUGAGGGCUACGAAUCCGGAUGCUUAGUGGAGGCGGUUGAGGAUGAGAACUGAUGGGGGCGUAGUGGGGCUGUGUAGAUAUAUGGAAAUGGAAACAGAUGGGUGGGAAUUGUGGCUUUGAAAGGGCUUAUUAUGGCAUCGCGAGGGUAAAAGCGAGAUUUCUUACAAUAACAACAACAAAUGGAUGGAUCAGACUGUCACUGAACAGGAUAGAACAACUGGACUGGAUGGGAGAGUCGGAAAGGGGGCGGAAUGUAUGCUAUAAAUCGAAUGGAAUCAAAUCCGAGGUAGAAAGGGAGCUAUGGGAUGGGGAUGGGCAAUAUUUAAGGCACGCUUUUAUUCACAUGCAUUAUCAGCAUCACCGCUAUCACCACACAGGG